ACAUCUGGCGCAGCUCCUCUGGCCGCGCGUCUCCAUCCAUCCCUCCAUCCAUCCAAUGCGCGCACUCGCCGCCCGGUGCCAUCCGCAGCCUUAGGGGCUUCCACACACCAAUUAGCGCAGUUGGACCGAGAGAUGCGCACUUCAUUAACUUAGAUCUUUUCUUUUUCGUCGCUCUGAUAUCCACUCUUUUGCCUGUCACGAUUCCCCCCCAGAGAGGCUCAGCGGACUUUCUGUCGUCCAUCUGCCCCCGAACCGAGCGGAGGAAGUGGUCGGUGGUCUUUCUGGUCACCGCCGUCGCCAUGGUUUUGUUGGCUCUGGCUGUUGCCAUCCCCUUGCUCUUGGUGCGCCCCUCUGAGACCUCCGCUCAUUAUUACGAGAUGAUGGGAACCUGUCGGAUGGUUUGCGACCCGUACAGCCCCAAACCGGGAGGCGCCACGGCCAUGGAGGUGAUCCAGAACGUCAACGGCGUCGCCCCGCAGCCUCCAAUGGCGCAAGGGACCCGCGGGGAGCCCGGACGACCUGGUAAACCGGGACCUAGGGGGCCCCCAGGUGAACCAGGACCCCCGGGUCCGAGGGGGCCACCGGGAGAACGCGGUAAGAGUAAAGUCGCCUUCCCUGCGGUAACGGGAACGACUGGGGAAGACAUUAGUGAACCGGAUGGAGUCAACUCCUCUACUAAUAGUUUAAGGAUCGCUUUUUACGUCGGUCUGAAGAAUCCGCAUGAGGGAUAUGAGGUGUUAAAGUUUGACGACGUGAUUACAAACUUGGGGAACAACUACGAUCCGAGCACCGGAAAAUUCACCUGCCAUGUGUCGGGGAUCUAUUUCUUUACCUAUCAUGUACUGAUGCGGGGAGGAGACGGAACCAGCAUGUGGGCCGACCUGUGCAAAAACGGACAGGUGCGGGCCAGUGCCAUAGCUCAGGAUGCAGACCAGAACUACGACUAUGCCAGUAACAGUGCCGUGCUGCACUUGGACUCUGGAGACGAGGUUUACGUCAAAUUAGACGGUGGUAAAGCUCAUGGAGGCAACAACAACAAGUACAGCACCUUCUCCGGCUUCAUCUUAUAUCCUGACUAAACCCCACGGCAGUUCCAUGGACAGCAGUUACACUAAUAAUCAAAGAUAUUUUCAGUUUUGUUCCUCUCCUUU